AUGGGCAUCGUCGAUAAGCUCAAUAAUGCGGUCGCGAGAUCUUUCUUUGGGAGGUGGUUCAAGUUGGAGGGCUCUGGAGUGCCGAAAGAGCGUAUUGGGUCUCGGUUUACGACUGAAAUCCGAGCAGGAUUAACGACAUGGGCUGCGAUGGCUUACAUCAUAUCAGUUAACGCAUCCAUCCUAUCUGACACCGGUGGGACCUGCGUCUGCCCCACGACAGACCUAUGCCUCAACGACCAGAACUACCUCACCUGCGUCAACGAAAUCCGGCAAAACCUCAUAACCACAACCGCCGCCAUCGCCGCCCUCUCCAGCUUCCUCAUGGGACUCUUAGCGAACUUACCAGUGGGACUAGCGCCGGGGCUAGGUCUCAACGCAUACUUCGCCUACUCCGUCGUCGGGUUCCACGGUAGUGGCAUUAUCACUUAUCGCGAGGCGUUAUCUGCUGUGUUCCUGGAAGGGUGGUUAUUUAUCAUCUUAUCUCUGCUCGGCCUCCGGCAAUGGCUCGCACGGAUUAUGCCACAAUCCCUCGUGCUCGCCGUUGGCGCUGGUAUCGGGCUCUUUAUCGCGUUCAUUGGUUUAUCCCCGAAUGGCUUGGGAGUUAUUGGCGGCGAUACAGUCAACCUCGUCGGUUUAGGAGGAUGCAAACCUGAAAACUUCAUGGAGAACCUCCCGCACUACUGCGCUCGCGGCGUCCUCCGGAGUCCAACAAUGUGGUUAGGGAUCUUCACCGGCGGGUUCUUCACACUCAUCCUCAUGAUGUACCGCGUCCGCGGAGCCAUCCUCAUGGGCAUCUUCUUAACGUCCAUCAUCUCCUGGCCCCGCCCUACCCCAGUGACGUACUUCCCACAUACGGCGGCGGGCGAUGCCAUGUUCGAUUAUUUCAAACAAGUCGUCGCGUUCCAGCCGCUCGAUAAAGUUGGGAAUGUCAUUGAUGUGAGUUUGUUCUUUUUCAAAGGCAAGGUCUGGUACGCGUUGAUUACCUUCCUCUACGUGGAUAUCUUGGAUACCACCGGGACUCUCUACGCCAUGGCGAAGUUCGCGGGUCUGCGUGAUCCCGUGACACUCGACUUCGAGAACUCAACUAUUGCAUACUGUGUGGACGCCUUCUCCAUCAGCAUGGGUGCGCUUAUGGGGACAAGCCCCGUCACGGCAUACAUCGAGAGCGCCACUGGUAUCAGUGAGGGCGGCAAGACGGGUAUCACAGCCAUGUUCACAGGACUUGCGUUUUUUGUCUCUGUGUUCUUCGCCCCCAUCUUUGCUUCUAUCCCAUCAUGGGCUACUGGUGGGGCGCUGGUCAUUGUUGGGUCUAUGAUGAUUCGCAACGUCAUGGAGAUCAAAUGGGACUACAUCGGUGACGCUGUACCCGCUUUCCUCACGAUCCUCAUCAUUCCCCUGACAUACAACAUCGCAUACGGCGUCAUAGCAGGAAUACUCUCCUACAUCCUCCUCAACGCCAUCCCUCUAGUAAUCUCAAAACUCUCCAGAGGGCGACUCGUACCUCACAACAUCGAGAACUCGGAAGAGUGGGUUAUACCCCCUGGAGGUAUCGUGCCAUAUUGGAUGUACGUACCCCCCAUUCUCCUCUUACCCUGUGAAUGGUCGUUCAUGUGA